CAUUCAACUCCUCUCUCUCUAGCGAUCUUGAUAUAUUUAGAGACGGUUUUCAACUGCCGUAAAACCCAUUGGAUAGAUUCUUCAACUUCGGUUUUGAAUCUGACUUCUUUGUGUUCCUUCGAACGCAAGCUUUAGGAUUACAAAUGAAGCUUCUCUACGGAUUGGCCACUCCUAUCUUAAGUUUUCAUUAUGGUUUAGUUUUCAUCGCUUAUUGUAUUAUCGUCGAAUAUAUUUCUGUUUGUAAUCAUCUUAUCCCGUUGGACACUUAAAUUAAUAUAACCUUUUAAUGUUAAAAAGGGAGGACAAUAAAUAAUGGACACUACACACUGCACCUACUAGUCCUGGCAAACAUGCAAUACCUCUAAGCCAAUACAACAAUUUUGAGCCAGCUAUCAUCACUACCAAUAAGGCAAUAACAACCCUAAAUCAAGUCUUUAUUUGGAUUUUCAUUUAUUUGGUUUUAUUUUUAAUUUGAGAUAUCCUUGCAUCAAAAGAAAAUCUUUGACUGUGAUUCAAAGGUAUCAAGAGAUAAGAAAAUACAUAAAAAAAGUUUUCAGUAUUUUCACUACUUAUCUCUUUAAAUUCUAAUUAGUACACCCGUCUUCAAAUAUUAGGGUUAAAUAUUUACUUUAUUGGUCCCAAGCGUUUUUGCAAUCACAUCCGACUUGUGGAGUUUAAGAGAGCUGCGAGAGAUUCUGAGCUUAGUUUUUUUGGGUGGGUUCAAGCUUCGAAAGCAAUGGAACAGUGUUACAAAGACGACUGUGGAUCCUCACUUGGAUUCAUAGUUGAAAAGAGAAAAGACAUAGAAAAAGAUCAAGCUGAAGAUGAUGAGAAAGAACCUAAAAGUAUCAGUCUAAGGGAAGAAGAUAAUGAUGAUAGAGCUAACAGUAUAGAUCUAGAAGGAGAUGUGGAAGAAGAAGAAGAGAAGAAGCAUAUGUGUUCUGAAUGUGGUAAACAGUUUAUGUCUGGUAAGGCUUUAGGAGGUCAUAAAAGAAUUCAUGUGCUCGAAAAUCAGAACAAGUCUGGUGAAUCCGAAAUUGAUUGUAGUGUUUGCCAUAAGAAGUUUACAUCAAGGAAGGCUUUAUAUGGACACAUGAGGUUUCAUCCACACAGAACAUGGAAAGGAGUUUUGCCUCCUCCUCCUCCUCCUCAUCCACUUGGUAAUUCAUCCUCUUCUACACUCUCUAUUGAUGAUCAUCAUGUUGGUGAGUUUACAAGCUCGGAUCAUGAUGAUGAUGAUGAUGAUGAUGAUGGUUAUGAUAACAUUGAUGCUAAGGAUCUAAUGCUCUUAGCUACUACUGCGGAAGCUGUUAAUCUCGAUGUUGCUGAGACUUCUGAUUCACACUCUGCCGAAGAUAUGAAGAAGAAGAAGAGAAGAUUAUCUGAGAUAGAGAAGGUAUCAUCAUCAUCAUCUACUCAUGAUCAUCAUCAUCAGCUUGGGGAUGUUGCUGCUGCAGCUGAGGAAGGUGGUGGUGCACGUGAGAAGCACGUGUGUGUGACUUGCAACAAGUCGUUUACUUCUUAUCAAGCUUUAGGAGGUCAUAGAGCAAGUCACAACAAGGUCAAAGUUUUGGAGAGUCAUCAAGCUAGGGCAAACAGUGAAGCUUUAUUACUUGGAACCGAAGCCAUGAUAACUGGUUUAGCUAGUGCUCAAGCAUCAAACACAUCUUUAAGCAGUGGUAAUAAUGGAGAUCACGUUUGUGACAUUUGUCACAAAAGUUUCCCAACAGGUCAAGCUCUUGGAGGUCAUAAGAGACGCCAUUGGACUGGACCAGUUUCUAGUGAGGCUGUAACCGCUGCUCCAACCGCUCCGGCAGCAGCUUCUUCUAGUCAAGUAACAGAGACAGUGCAAGAAGUGAAGAAAUUUGAGUUUGACUUGAAUGAGUUGCCACCUAACGAAGGAUAAGGAUUCUAAGAAAACGUAUAUAUGGUAUAGAGGAAAAUUUUAAAAAUACUUUUGGUUUUUGGUUCUAAUUUUAGUUUCUUGGUGUUUGGUUUUUAAUGUAAUUUGGUGGAGUCUUUUUGACCAAAGUUCCAAGAAGUAAACUAUGUUACUCAUCUUUCUUAUUUUUCUUCUUUUCAAACAGAUAGUCUCUCCAUAAAUAGUGUGUAAUCAGAUGUUUCUUUUAUUUUGUGAAUAAUGGAUGAUUAACCGUAUAACUCGUUGCGUUUAAUUGCAAUAUCACACUAAAGAACAAAAUUCAUGUGGGUACAACAAUCUAUUCCACUGGCAAUUAACUGAAAAUUGAACAGCAUAAACAUCAAGCCUAACUGUAGAAGAAGACAUGAAGUGGUUUUAAACACUCUUCUUGAAACCUUUCACUUCUUGGAUCUCUGUGAUCUCUACACAA